AUGCAUCAAGACUGCAUAAACAUGUCGAGGUUUCGCCUAGAUAAACCAACCAGACAACACUUCCAAGGCCUUCGCCGUGCCCAGCAUAAGAGCGAAGGCGGCGUUGCAACCGCCUCCCCUGACCCCAACCGGAGGGUAGAUCCCACUCUUAACCCAAUCACAAGGAGGCCGGGACCUGGACGUGGUCGCCCUAAGAAGCAGCAAAACACGGCCCAGGGGCAGUCCCCCGCCAGCACGGCUUCGGUCUCCGAAACGGGAACCACCGGCCCCAGUGUUACCCCGAUCCCUCCCCCGGUUGUUCCUGGUGCUCCCGGUCAGAGCACCACCGCGAUCCCCGUCCCCGUUGUUCCUGGCAUGCCCGCUCCGCCCGGUGGUAUGCAUCCCGCUGCCAUGGCCCAGGUUCAUGCCCAGGCCCAGGCCCAGGCCCAAGCCUACGCACAGCAGCAGCAUGCCCAGGCUCAACUUCAAGCUCACGCGCAAGCUCAGGCUCAUAACCAAGCUCAGGCUCAGCAGGCCCGCGUCCAGCAAAAUGGACGAGGCGGAAACCAGGCUGGCGGUCAAGGGCCGGCUAACCAGGGUGUCCAGGCUCAAUCUGGCGGACAGUCGGCUGAUGGAGAUGAUGUUGCCGUGGACCCUAGCCUCGAGGACGGCGACAACGACGAGCAGCAGCACCCCAACAAGCGACGCAAGAUGGAACAGGACCCUCUGGACGACGCGGCGGUGCUGAAUGCCUUGGCCGCCCACAACGACCCAGCAUCAACCGCCGCACACUUUGCGCCAGAGCUUAAGGUCCCAACAACCUUGAUUGCGGGCAGGUAUGCGUUAUCGAGUACGUUUUCGACGUCGACGAUUGUAUUUUGCCCGCUCCGACUUGUCUUGCAGGAUGGUCACGAGCAUCACACUUGCAACGAGUACGGCUUCUUUUAUGCGUUUCAUGGCCUGAGAUAUUCGUUUCGGUAUAAGUCACCUGUUUUGUUAUCUCUCGUUUCCUAUUCGUUGCCUGUGAUGAAAUAUGAUAACAGUGUUCUCAUAGCGAGUCGGCUUUCCUUCCCCUCUUUCGGAUCAACCUCAACUAUCUGGUCUUCCUCAAGCCAUCAGCCCAUUGCUGCUCACGUUGAACUCAACAAGCCAGUCAACAGAACCGUAUUACGCGCUUCUCGCCCAACAACACUCGUCACAAUGUCUAAUGCCGACGAGAUCCCCAAGGAGAGCAAGUGGGGCAACGAUGCACACUCAGCUCUCUGCGUAGCUCUCGCCGAGGCCCUGAUUGCUGCUGGAAGCAGUCCCGCGCAGAAGAAAGACCUCAUUAUGGCCGUCAUGAAGGCGUGUGGUCAACUUGGAUUUACAUGGGAAUCUGUGCGUUACCAAAAACGCGUCUUCCUCUUCCUGCCAUGCCCUUUUCUCCCACCUUCAUUACUCCCACAAAACUUCUGCGAUAUCUACGCUACAACUACAAACGGUUCAACUUUUUGUCCCACCACCCAGCCCUUCCUUCCGAGAAGUCAUCGCAAAAUGCCGCGUUGGGACGAGCAGACCCAUAUCGAUCUGAUGAUCGCCCUCUACACGGCCUUGCAACCCAGCAUGACCAAGGAAAUACAGGACUUUGUCGUCGAGGCCAUGCGAUCCAAAGGCCAUGAAGACGUUGGAUGGGACGCGCUCCGCUGUAUCCGAGUUCUCUCCCCUUUCCCUCAAACACACAAAGACCCAGCAUCGUCCUCGCCCUUCUCUCACCCUUCCACGAAAACCUACUUCACAUCAACGGAAAGUCCUCGCAUUGCAAUCAAAAUGCCCAAGUGGGAGGAAAUCCGCGAUGAUCUCUUCCGCGCGUACAUGAACGCUACUGGCGUGAUCACCCCGGAGAUGCAGGUCUCGAUCGAGAAGUCCAUGCAACCGUAUGAUCCACCCACAGCUGGUCUUGAUCCAGCACUGUCUGUUUGUGCUAUAAGUUCUCUCCCCUUCUGGUCCUGCUCCUCUCUCCCUCCUUCUCCCCAGCAACCUACAUGGUCCAUUGCUGCCGGCUCACCAAUUCCAUCAUCCCAUCUCAACACAACCAACAUAUCCAACUCAGUCACCAUGUCUUCGCAGCGGUCUGCGCAGCGAAACUUGACCAGGUGGGAUCAAAAGACUCACGAGGACAUCAUGUUGGCGAUGUUUGAGCAUUUCCGUCCCACGGCAGCUGACAUGAAGGAGAUCGUUGAGCUCCUUCAUGUCCAGAAGGGUCACACCUUCACAGAUGGCGCUCUAUUCCUCAAGAUGGAGGAAGAGGACCACGAAGCACAGUUCUACGUGGCCAAGGCUUCCAAGCCCACCAACUGGGACCACGAUGCCCAUCUGACGCUGCUCCAGGCCGUCAUGAUUGAGGCGCUUCCUUCGAAGCCCCAUGCUGUAAGAAUUCAAGCCCGUUCUUGCCGCUUUUUCUGCCGCAUUCCACCCGGGUGGGCGCACCACCACGUCUGCUCUCCAGCCUCAUCCAUCAUGGUGGAUUCGGAAACCGAAAAGGUCGCCGAGACCAGAAUGACGUGGAACCACAAUGCCGACAAGCACCUCAUCGGCUGCGUCGUUGAUGAGAUUGUUCCCGGCGAGGAGACCUACAGAAAUCUUGCAGCGCGCAUGAAUACGUUGGGUUAUGGCUGCACACCCAAGGCCGUGAAGCAGCACCUUCAGAAACUCCGCCGGAAGGAAGGCGUUUCCGCGGCGGUCGCCUCUGACAGCGGCGCUAACACGUCCACCCCGACCAAGGGCCGCAAGCGCGCUGCUCCCGGCAGCGGCGUCAAGAAGACUCCCGGCACCGGUCGCGGCAAGAAGGCUGCUGCUGCCAAGACUGCUCCCUUGGUGAUCAACUCGGACGAUGAGGAUGACAUCAAGGAGUCUCCGGAGAAGAAGCUCAAGACGGAGGAGAGCAAGGUGAAGGAGGAGUAUGAUGAUGGUGUCGACGACUACAUGUACCCUAAUGAGAUUUAAUCUCUGCUGGGUUGGAUGUCGUCCGUUGCGGCUGCGAUGAUUCGUGGAUUUUUACCAUGAACUGCUUGCUGCUGUCUAGCUCAACCCCAAACAACCAUCGGAACCAUUUGCAGGAAGUCCCAGUUGACUUUUGACUUCGACUAUCGACAAUGGAUCUGAAGGUCACGGGCGUGAGUUACAUGGAUGGACAGACGGUAGUCUUCUCGCCUCUUCUUCACU